CUCUGAGGGUGUGGACAGAAUCCAUCAAACAUCUUUCCCCACCAAAGCAGAUGGCGGGCCUGUGCUGGGUGGUUGUGACGCUGACAUUGCUCCUGUCUGGUGAAAACAGUUCUGCUGCUGUGGACAAGAACCAACUCGCAAAAAUUACAAAAUUCAUCAUCGAAAGGUAUGAUAUAAAAACCCAGGUCAGUGUGGCUGUAAACAUCCCAGUGAAAACCGUGAACCAGAACUACCUAGAAGAGGUCUUUAAGAGAGCCACUGCUGCCGCUGUUCAGAAGAAGCUCUCAGAGGACUCAGUGUACCCAAAUGACACCAGUGACGACAGGGUAGUUGUUGCAAAACCUGACUUUAAAGAGUGGUAUACCGAUCACGCCGAGGCACUUGUUUUGCAAAACAUGAAACCCUUAGUUGAGAGUAGAGAUGGUAAUUUUCUAGUCUUCUACACUUUCUAUUCCCCAUGUGGUGCAAAAUGUACAAACUUGAAAAACAGGAACAGCAUCAUACCCAAGAUUAAUCAAGUCUUCCCCAAUUGGGGCCAGUUUGCCUUUGUGUUUUCCAAGGUGUUUGACAAGACCAGUAAAGGUGUUCCCAUCGACAAAGACGAACCAGUAGAGUCCCUCAAACAGCUGGGGAACACUAAAGUUGGUCACGACAACAUUUUCCGUUGUUACAAACCAAAGAAUGAAGCUUUUAAAUGCAUUAACUGCUUCAGUGGCAAGGAACCUGUAGCCCAGUGUGUUGGUAAUGUCGACUGAAGAUUGUUAAUCAAACUUAGGGAUAAGGGAUGGGAUUCAUACUACUAGCUUAUCGCUACAGCAUCACUUGGUACUGUGUUAGAUAACUCCCUUCAGGUAUUAACCGCAUAAAUACAGCACAUUAAAAACUGUUGCUCAGAUGUUUUGACCCAAUCCGUAGUAGAAAUAUUCAUCUUAAUGCUUCUUGUUUUCUGAGCUUUACAGAAGUUGCAGGUAAUUAAAUGUAACUGGUCGUAUGUCUUGCACAUUCACCUGAAUAAAACAAUUAGGUGAUGAGGAAAUUGUUGUUGUUUUUGGGCUCUGUUUAAAAAAAGAAUCAAGUAGUAACAUUUUGGUAUUUACUUCAUUUUAAUCCAUCAAUGAAAUAUGUAUUUACAUCACCUCAUUGUUCUCUAUACUUGUGUAAACCUGAUGUUCUGUUCAGUCUAAUUAAAGCUCGAC